AUGUCUACGUCAGGUCAAAUCCACCACGGAUCGAAAUUCAACUCAGGGAACAACAGCCGUCCGUCGAGCAAAGAUGGAUCAAAGAAGAACAUUUGGUCUUCUUUGCUAGAUAGUGUCGCGAAUGGAAAGCGCCUUCCCGAAAAGAACCUCCUGAUUCUAGGAGGUACUCCUGAGAGUCAGAGAGAAUUUCUAGAAACAUUUUCUGCGGAUACAUCGGACCCCAACUUGUCGAACGAACAAAGAAAAGGAAGAAUUCCACCUGUCGCCAACCAGUUCGCCUUGGGAUACACAUAUCAGGAUGUACUAGAUGCUGAUCACGAAGAUACGUUGGCACGCGUCUCUGCAUAUUUACUUUCCGAACCUUCCCUAUCUUUUGCGCCUCUCCUCAAACCUCUCCUGACCCACCGCUCGAUCCCAGAAACUCUGGUCGUCAUUCUUCUAGACUGGUCGGAUCCUUGGACUUGGAUUCGGCAGCUUAGAGAAUGGGUCCGUCUCUUGCGACAUGUCCUAGUUUCCCUCGAUGAUGAGACGAAGAUUGUGAUGGAGGAAACAAUGACAGAGUGGAGAGAUAGGAAGAGAGGAAUGGAUGCAAGCUCGGCAGGUGCCCAAGGUCUAACUAGCUCAGGAGGCCCGGUAACUAUACCUUUAGGACCCGGUGAAUGGGACGAAGGACUUGGGGUUCCCAUGUGUGUGGUUUGCCAAGGGGCAGAUAAGAUUGAAAAACUGGAAAGAGACCAUGGCUGGCAUGAAGAACAGUUCGACUUCAUCCUCCAAUUUCUGAGAACUAUCCUUCUUAAACAUGGCGCAUCUCUUAUCUACACCACGCCGUUCCUUGCCAACUCCCUCCAAAGUCUACUACAUUCAUCUCUGGGAAUACACUCACUCCUGAAGAGACAAUCACUCAAACAUAAUGUGAUCGAUAGGGAUAAGAUUCUGGUUCCAGCGAACUGGGAUUCGUGGGGUAAGAUUCGCAUUAUCAGAGAAGGGUUCGACAUGGAAGGAGUGUCAACCGCAUGGUCAAUUGAGAUUCAGGAUCUCCCGGAGCCACUGACGAACGGCCCGCGCAAUCAGAAGGCCGACGACGAUUCGCAAGCCGGAAUGGAUGACGGCACAAGUGCUGUGGCAAUAUUUGAGCAAACAAUCACAGAUCCCAAGUGUGGUACUUCCAUGGCGCGUCCAGGUAGCCAACAAAGCAAGAAUAAGAUUGAAGUCGAAACCACCGACAUGCAGAAUUUCCUCUCCAAACAACAAGAGCUCCUGGAACAACUGAAAAUCGAAGACGAAAAAGAUCGCACAACCAAGAAAACACCUCAGCUGGAGAUGUCGCCGCUUGAAGAUAACGGCCGCGUCAACGAGCAUAUUGGGCCCGUGCAAUUCAACAUGGGAGGCAUCCAGGUGGAUGCUGACGAUAUGUUGCGGAAACUUAAGGAGAGAGAGGUAAAUCGAUCCCAGAGAAAGGACACGAUUUCAUCACCCGGCGAUGAAAAGGCUCACAAUCAGGCCCUGGCGAAUUUCUUCGCGGGAUUGGUCAAGAAACCAUCUGGAAGUCCCCGGGGAAGUCCAUCGGCGUAG